UUUGAAUCGGAACGAACGCAACGCAUAACGAAAUAAAUCCAAUCCAAUCCACAACAAGUAUUUUGCCAAAGAUGAACUUGCUCAUGGAUAACCUGCCGUCGCAUGUGAAUCCCGCCGCGCGUCGCACAACUCCGCCGCAGUCACAGCCACAGACGGAGCUGCGCAUCUCGACGAGUCCACACAGCACAGCAUCAGCAACCGUAGCGGGAGCAACCACAGCUAUGCCACAGCAACAACACAACAACAACAACAAUCCGGAUGUGCCAAGUGUCAAGACCACAUUGAAACGCUCCUUUGAUGUUGCCUUUCUCAUGAUGCCCGACGAGCGCAUCAAGCAGAAGCAGGCAGAGAAACAGGCACGCAUACAAGAGGCACUGCAUCUCCAGCACCAACAGCAACAACAGCAGCAGCAACAGACGCUUCACUAUGCCACAGAUCUCUCGCCCAGAGCAGCUGCCUCGCAGCCACCUUCACCUGCCGCCCUCGAGUACAUCAGUUUGCUCGAAGCGCGUCAACGUUAUCCACAACUUGCCAUUCGCUCGCCGCGUGUCUACGAUGAUCCCACGUUGGUCAUUCCCCUAGUGGAUUCCCCGGAGGCCACCGUCUCCCCUCCACCGCCGCCACAACGCAGCGCCUUCACCAAGGUCUCCUCAUCGCUGUCCAGCUCGUCGUCACCCUCGACAGUCUCACGUCUCGAGUCCCCGGUGGAUGUGGGUGCUCCUCCCUUGAGCCCAGAUCAGUUGAGCUGCCACUCGAUUAGUCCACCAGUCACAACGCCACCGCCUCGCACCAACAGCGGCGGCGCAGCCAACAGCAACUUGCCGUCGAAUCCCAUUGUGUAUCACAACUUUCGUCCGGAGUAUCAGUUCAAUGGCGCCUUUCAGGCUGUAAAUCCCAUGCAAGCACUUCAGGCUCAACAGCGUCUCAAGCAGCAGCUGCUCUAUCGCCCUCCGAACACCACAAGCAAUGGCCACAGUCCGAAUGGCUCUGCGAAUGCCUCGUCGCCACCAAAUGGUCCGCCACCGCCGGAGUUUCUACAUGCCGCUGCCGCCUAUCCAGGCUUUGGUCCACCGCAUCCGCAUCCUCUGCCCUUUGCGGUGGCUCAGCCGCUGCAGAAUCCCGCUGCCGCUGCCAUCUUGAGCACCCUCAUCCCGCCCACACUGGCAUCGACGUUCACGCUGACGGCACAGAAUGUGUGCGCCAAGUGCAACAUCAGUUUCCGCAUGACCAGCGAUCUCGUCUAUCACAUGCGUUCGCAUCACAAGAGCGAGGUCGCUUGCGAUCCGAAUCGUCGCAAGCGCGAGGAGAAGCUGCGCUGUCCCGUCUGUCAGGAGACUUUCCGCGAACGUCAUCAUCUCACCAGGCACAUGACCGCCCAUCAGGACAAGGCCAGUGAUCAUCAGCCCACGCCCGAUGAGUCCAGCGACAAUGAGAUCAUCAAUGUCGUUGGGGGCACGCCUCCGGGGCGACGUUCGGGUGGCGCGUCCAAAUGAUCGAAGCAUUUCUUCGGAUACUUUUAAGCUGCAGCCUGUUUUGUUGUUGAAUAUCUUAUCUUCUUCCCAUUGUGAUAUUAAGUUUAGUUACCACCACCACCACCUGACCAUCGAUCUCUCCCCCAGACUUAAGUUUCUUUAUUCUACACACAUUAGCAAUAAAUCUAGUGCAAUUUCACACCAUCGAUAAGCAGCUCUCGUCGUCUUCUUUUCUGCCAUUUCUAUCCGAGCUGCUCCGUUUUAUCAUUGUAAAGUAUUAGCAUUAAGUUUCUGGCUCCACUCACACAUUCUAAAUUUAAUACUUAACAUUUGAUG